CCGCCGCCGCUCGUGUGCCAAAAUAAACAACGCAUCGCUUUACGGCGGGCAGCGGCCAUGGCGUCUGUCUUUAGCGGCGUGCUGCAGUUGACAGAUCUCGAUGAUUUUAUUACGCCGUCUCAGGAAUGUGUCAAACCCGUCAAAGUCGAGAAGAAACAGGGCAAGUCCGUGGCCAAAAUCCAGAUCGAAGAUGAUGGCAGCUACGUUCAAAUCAACCAAUCCGGGCAGAAGCAGAAGCUCUCAAAAGCAAAGAUCACGCUCAACGACUGCCUGGCUUGUAGCGGAUGCAUAACUUCGGCCGAGAGCAUCCUCAUCACGCAACAGAGCCACGAGGAGCUCUUCAAAGUCUUGCGCAACAACAAGGUGAGCGGGACGGACGAGAAGAAGAAGGUGGUGGUGGUCUCGGUGUCCCCUCAGUCCCGAGCGUCCCUGGCCGCCUUCUACGGCCUCAGCAGCAGCAGCGAGGCGGGCAGGAGGUUGGCCUCCUUCUUCAAAGGCCUCGGCGUCCAUCACGUCUUUGACACGAGCUUCAGUCGGACGUUCAGCCUGCUGGAGAGCCAGCGGGAGUUUGUGGAGCGCUUCCAAAGGAAGGAGCAGGACGGCCGAUCCUUGCCCAUGAUGACGUCGGCGUGUCCGGGUUGGAUCUGCUACGCCGAGAAGACUCACGGAGAGUUCAUUCUUCCUUACAUCAGCACCACUCGCUCCCCUCAGGCCAUGAUGGGCUCUCUGGUUAAAGAUUAUUUUGCACAGCAACAGGGCCUGAGCCCACAGCAGAUCUACCACGUGGCGGUGAUGCCCUGUUUCGACAAGAAACUGGAGGCCUCCAGGCCGGACUUCUACCUGAACCAAGCGGAGAGCAGAGAAGUGGACUGCGUCAUCACGUCCGGAGAAGUCCAGAAAAUGCUAGAGGAGGAAAACGUGACUCUUAAUGACAUCCAAGCGGGACCUCUGGACACACUUUUCAGCCGCGUGAGAGACGGCGAGUUCCUCGGCCACGCCGGGAGCGGCUCCGGCGGUUACCUGCAUCACGUCUUCACCUACGCGGCCAAGCAGAUAUUCGGAGAGGACGUCGACGAACUCACCUAUAAGAUGCUCAGGAAUAAAGACUUCCAGGAGGUGACGCUGGAGAAGGACGGCGUGCCGGUGCUGAGCUUCGCCUCCACCUACGGCUUCCGCAACAUCCAGAACCUGGUGCAGAAACUCAAGCGGGGGAAGUCGCCGUACCACUUUGUGGAGGUCAUGGCCUGUCCCUCGGGAUGUCUGAACGGCGGCGGGCAGCUGAAACCGUCGGCCGGUCAGAACCCCAAGGAGUUCCUCCAGAAGGUGGAGGAGCUCUACCGGGCCGAGCGGGCCCCGGCGCCGGAGGACGACGACGACGCGGCCGAGCUGUACCGCUCGUGGCUGGGCGCCGUCGGCGAGGAGCGCGCCAAAAAGCUGCUGCGCACCGACUACCGCGCCGUGGAGAGGAACACCGACGGGCUCGUUAUGAAAUGGUGACGCCGCCUUCGAUCGUGUCCGCCGUUACCAUGACACCUCGAGUGACGCACACCGUUUGCGCCUUAAGUCAAUGGCGAAAGAUUCAAGGCACCAAAUGAAAACAACCAACCAAAACAUUUUGCAGCGCUUUUAUUGAUUCCCUCUAACUUCCUAGUGGAAUUCUGCACCCAAAAACGCUUGUUGGAGUAGAUUAUACAUUCAUUCAUUAAAAGUAUAACCAUAUGCCACUGAGCCGCUACCUUUAUUUGAAGUGCGCCGGCUAGUUAGGUGGGAUAUAAAAAGUCUACACACCCCUGUCAAAUGGCUCGGUUUUGUAAUCUUAAGGGAAAAAAAAGAAAAAUCAUUUCCAUUUUUAAACUUUUUCCGCCGCUAAUGUGAUGUAAUAAAAAUGCCCUCUCAGUGUCAACAUUAACCAAUCAUAUUCAAAGUCAUUUUGAUGAAUGGGAGGAUAUUCUAGUAGGACUUGUCAGGAAAAGGUUACGAGAUCAACAACUUUAUUUGAGGUUAAUUGUAGCCGUGUUUUGUCUCGAGAGGCGUCCCAAUUCCUUUGCGAUUUUUUGUUGCCAACCAGGCGUAAAUGAUUUGUACAGAUGAAAAUGUUUUCGAUAGCAGCACAUAAAAAAAAACCAAAAAAAACACCGAUUUAGUCUCCACGCUCUGAUAAGACUGACCCUAUCCUCACAAGGGUCUAGUUUUGAAUGAAUAAGAAUUGAAAGGGAGGCAUAACGUAGUGCCAGAAUGAUGACUUUUAAAACCAUCAGUUUAACAAUAGUCUACUGUCAGUUCAUCCAGUUUUUUUUUUUAAAUGACUUUUCUUUCCAUUAUUUUUAAAUUACAAAAACCUGCCAUUCAAAGAACUGUGUAGAUGUUUUACCGUGACAAACUAAGCGUGAUUCUCAAAACGUAGCUGGAUUGCUCUUUUAGCGUCAGUUCACCGUCUACGCGAUGACGUUUGCGCCCAUUUUUUUUUGGUUUUCCCACCCGCCGGUGAAAGACGAGAUUCGCAGCCCCCGCUCCAAAGUCAUGAUGGCGCGCGGGGCUUCUUGAACUUGUCCGUCUCGCCCGUGAACGCCUGCACGCUUUCCUCUCCGCGCCCACCAAGAACGGAACGAAAUCGUACGCGAGGCGAUGCUCGUCAACGAUCGGGUACAAC